AUGACGAGUGGUGCGAGUGGGACGAAACCCACAAUGCCCGGCGAUGUGCCAAAGGAGUCCGAUGAAUCAGCGCCGGCCACGUUCUUUGAGAGCAAAAUGUUUCGCUGGAUAUCCAUAAUGCUCUAUUUGGGCGGCAUUAGUGGUCUGGGCAUGGUCCUGGCCCUCUACUAUCUACUAUUCUUUAACUCCCACAUGCCCGAAAUACAUUUAAAGUUUCCGGUAUCGAUUGGUGGGCAUCCGGUCCAGAAGAUUCAUGAGUUCCAGUAAAAUGUCAAGACAAAAUUGUGAUACCCGAAAAAAUUGCUAUACGCCUCCUAAACUCAUCGGAAGUCACCGCAGAGCAGUUCUAUAAGCACAUCCUGGACCAGUACCGCCUACUGAACCAUCGC